AUGAAAUCAGCUACAAAGAAAGAGGAAUUCAUUGAAAAUGAAAGCGUAAAGGAUCUGAAAAAUAUGGACCAUACUGGUGCCUAAUAUGGUUAAUCUGCACUCCGAAGUGGUAAUUAAAUUCAGGACUAAUAUCUGGGUGAAAGCAAGCUAAUAAAAACCAUUCGAAAAGAAAAAUAAGAAAACAAGUCUGAUUUCUAAAAGCAUUUCUAGGAAUCUUACUACAAUAGAAACAGCAAGGACUAGAUUGAUUCUGAAAAUAUGAGUCUUUAAUCACUCUAGCAGGAAUCAGUUGAAUAAGUAAAAGUUCUCAAAAUACCCCUUAAUCUAUAAAACAUUCUUACUCUUUGCUUGAUUGUAGUACUCACAAUAAUAGGAACUGUCUAUAUUUGGAUUUUAUCAACUCAAAAACAUUGCAAGUGCAGACUUUGUAGAAAGGAGUUUAUUCUGCUCGAAAGCAUUGGAGAAGGCGGUUUUGGAGCUGUAUAUCUUGUUCAAAAACCAAUCUCAAAAUCAAAAUUAUUCUCAAACUCAAUAAAUAUAACUGGUUAGCCUGAUAAAUCCCAAGAGCCUUAAAAAUUUGUUCUUAAAAAACUAGAAAUGAAAGAUAUCACAGAUCUUGAAAGAGUUUAAUACGAGGCUAAGUAAUUAAGGAGACUAAGUCAUAAAAACAUUGUUUCUUAUGAAGAUGAGUUUCUUCAUAUCAAUGAGGGGGCUAUAGGAAAUAAGUAUGUGUAUGUUAUAAUAAUGGAAUAUUGUGAAAACGGUGAUUUAACUGAUAAAGUUAGAGAUUAUUGCAAACAGCAAAUUGAAAGAUGGGGUGAUGAAGCCACAAUUGAAAAAGUAGCAAUGCCUGAGAAUAAGGUUAUGAAAUACUUUAUUGAAAUAUGUGAGGCUGUCAGAUACAUACAUUCCCGUGAUAUUAUUCAUAGAGAUAUAAAAUCUCCUAAUAUUUUCCUAACCAACGAUGAUUCCGCUAAACUUGGAGACUUUGGACUCUGUGUAAUGGCUAAAACUAUUGAAACAAAAGCGAAAUACUCAACAGUUGGUACUGAUUGCUACUUUUCUCCAGAAUAAAUAAAGGGUUAACUUCAUUAAAAAGGAAAGGCAUCUGAUAUGUGGGCUCUUGGUUUGAUUUUAAUGGAGAUGAUGAUUGGAUCACCAGUUUGGGAUUUGGGCUUUGAUUUUGGCAUAAAAGCUCUUGAAGAUCCUCAUUUUGUAAAUGAAUAUAUUAAUGAUAACAUCCCUGAAAAAUACGAUCCUAAGUUAAAGCAGAUUUUAAAGAAAAUGCUGAUUAUUGACCCUUAACAUAGAUACUCAAUUGAAGAUGUGAUGAAAAAGAAAUUGAUUAGAUAAUGGUAACAUAAGAUUAAGUUCGAUUCUCAAAAAUAAGUUCAAUUAAGCAAGUAAACGUAAAAAGAGGAUAAGAAAUCAUCUGAUUAGUAAGAGAAAACGGUUUUAUAAUAAGGACAAUAAGGAUUCGGUAUCUUCAAGUAUAUUCAAAUUGGGAGACAGAGAAAAGAUAAAAAGAAGUAAAAAUGA